CCAGUGAAUAAAAUAAUCUGAACUCUGAAACUGCUGUGCCUGUGACAUCAUAUAAAUAAUUUUCAUAAAAACAAUCUUCAAAAAUGGCCACUGAAGUAGAAGACACAAUCAAACGAAUUCAAGCUCACAAAGGUGUAAUGGGCGUAGUGAUCGUAAAUCACGAAGGUAUCCCCAUAAAGAGUUCUCUAGACAACGCCACAUCAGUACUUUAUUCAGGAUUGAUUGGUCAAUUAACAGAAAAGGCGAGGAAUGUCGUAAGAGAAAUGGAUUCCACAAACGAGCUCACAUUCCUACGACUGCGGAGUAGAAGACACGAGAUCCUCAUUGCACCUGACCGCGAAUUCAUACUCAUUGUAAUACAAAACACCUCAGACUAAUAUUAUUAUAGAUAAAACAUUAACUUUAGUAACUACAGACAACAUAAACAUUAUAACUAGUAACUACUCAACAGCCCAUUGUUACAUGUUUGACAACUAAAUAUCCUUAUUACUGCUAUUCAUAACUCAUUCUUUUAAGCCUUCUUUUUAUUGGUAAUUUUACUACAUUAAGUUAAAACACAACCAAGUUUUUUUUGUUCUGGUGCCAUUAAUAUCAACAAAUUCUUCCACAAAUAUCAGUCUUGUCAAUAGUCAAAUACUGAGG